AUGUCAGCGGUGAGCUCAAUGUCAUUCCCGAAGCCGCUCCACAUACGCUCUCCGGUGGCGCGGGGACGUCGACACACUCUUCCUGCAAGCGAGUUCCGCUCCCUCAGCCCGGAGGACGCCAUCAGCGUGUUUGAGAUCGAGAGAGAAGCAUUCAUCUCAGUGUCUGGCGAGUGUCCACUCCUGCUGGACGAGGUGCGUCACUUCCUCACACUGUGUCCCGAGCUGUCACUGGGCUGGUUCGAGGAGGGACGGCUGGUGGCUUUCAUUAUCGGCUCACUGUGGGACGGUGAGAGACUUACCAUGGACGCCCUGACUCUCCACAAGCCUCAUGGCAUGACGGUCCACAUCCACGUCUUGGCUGUGCAUCGCACAUUCCGGCAACAGGGCAAAGGUUCCAUCCUAAUGUGGCGCUACCUGCAGUAUCUCCGCUGUUUGCCGUACGUCCGGCGAGCUGUUCUCAUGUGUGAAGACUUCCUGGUUCCCUUCUAUCAGAAGUCCGGCUUCAAAGUGCAAGGCCCCAGUGAGAUCACCGUGGGGCCGCUCACCUUUAUCGAAAUGUUCUACCCAGUCAGGGGUCACGCCUAUAUGCGUCGUAAUAGUGGAUAUUGA